AUGUUCUCGCGAUCCUACACCAACCUGCUCGAUCUCGCCAAUGGGAAUCUCUCGGCACUCGACUACGGGGGUUCCAGCGGGGGUGGCGGCGGGCGGCCGCCGCGGCCGAGGCGGAUGCAGAGGACGUUGACGACGCCGGGCACGCUGGCGGAGCUCGACGAGGAGCGCGCGGGGAGCGUAGCUUCGGACGUGCAGUCGUCGCUCGCCAACGACCGCAUCAUCGUUGUCGCCAAUACGCUCCCCGUGCGCUGCGAGCGCCGACCCGACGGCCGCGGCUGGACCGCUGAGCAGGAAGACGUCGCGCAGGCGCUCCUCGACAGGUUCCGCUGCGUACCGGCCUUCCUCCCCAAGGACCUCUCCGACCGCUUCUACCACGGCUUCUGCAAGCAGACCCUGUGGCCGCUCUUCCACUACAUGCUCCCCUUCACCUCCGACCACGGUGGCCGCUUCGACCGCUCCAACUGGGAGGCCUACGUCCUUGCGAACAAACUCUUCUCGCAGCGCGUCAUCGAGGUCCUCAACCCCGACGACGACUACAUCUGGAUCCACGACUACCACCUCCUGGCGCUCCCCUCUUUCCUGCGCCGCCGAUUCAACCGCCUCCGCAUCGGAUUCUUCCUGCACAGCCCAUUCCCAUCAUCGGAGCUCUACCGUAGCCUGCCCGUCCGUGACGAGAUCCUCAAAUCCUUGCUCAACUGUGAUCUCAUUGGCUUCCAUACCUUUGAUUACGCCCGCCAUUUCCUCUCUUGCUGCAGCCGCAUGCUCGGAAUCGAGUACCAAUCCAAGAGAGGCUACAUUGGGCUCGAUUACUUUGGCCGCACUGUGGGGAUAAAGAUCAUGCCUGUUGGGAUUAACAUGGUGCAGCUUAAAUCGCAGCUCCAGCUUCCUGAUCUCGAGUCGCGUGUUGCAGAGCUACGGAAGCAGUUUCAUGGGAAGACUGUCUUGCUUGGUGUGGAUGAUCUGGACAUAUUCAAGGGGAUUAACCUGAAGAUUCUUGCGUUUGAGCAUAUGCUCAAGACACACCCAAAAUGGCAGGGCCGAGCAGUGCUAGUGCAGAUUGCAAACCCAAGGGGUGGUAGUGGGAAGGACGUGCAAGGAUUAAAGGCUGAGAUCGAGGAAAGUUGCACGAGGAUUAAUCAACAGUUUGGGCGGUCGGGGUAUAGUCCUGUGGAGCUUGUUUAUAGGACAUUGUCGAGUGUGGAAAGGAUGACAUAUUACACUCUGGCUGAGUGCGUCGUUGUUACUGCAGUGAGGGAUGGGAUGAACCUCACACCAUAUGAGUACAUUGUGUGUAGACAGGGGAUUCCUGGUUUGGAUGGUGGUGAUGCACCAAAGAGGAAAAGUAUGCUAGUUGUGUCAGAAUUCAUAGGUUGCUCGCCAUCAUUGAGUGGAGCAAUCCGGGUGAACCCUUGGAACAUUGAUACAACAGCAGAGGCAAUGAACGAGUCCAUUGCUUUGUCAGAGAAUGAAAAGCAAUUGCGCCAUGAGAAGCAUUAUCGAUAUGUCUGCACACAUGAUGUUGCCUAUUGGUCUAAGAGCUAUAUUCAUGAUCUGGAGAGAAGCUGCAGGGACCAUUUUAGGAGGAGGUGCUGGGGUAUUGGACUUGGAUUUGGAUUUAGAGUGGUUGCUCUAGACCGCAACUUCAAAAAGCUUACAGUGGAUUCUAUUGUUGCUGAUUACAAGAAGUCGAACAGCAGGGUUAUACUUCUGGACUAUGAUGGAACUCUAGUACCACAAACUACGAUCAAUCGAACUCCAAAUGAGACUGUUGUUAACAUCAUGAAUGCUCUUUGUGCUGAUAAGAAGAAUGUUGUUUUCAUUGUAAGUGGAAGAGGUAGGAGUAGCCUUGAGAAGUGGUUCAACUCUUGCCCUGAGCUUGGCAUUGCGGCUGAACAUGGUUACUUUAUGAGGCGAACCAGAGAUGAGCAAUGGCAAAUAAAUAACCAGUGCUCAGAGUUUGGAUGGAUGCAAAUGGCUGAGCCAGUAAUGAACCUGUAUACAGAAGCUACUGAUGGUUCGUAUAUCGAAACCAAAGAGAGUGCUUUGGUCUGGCACCACCAAGAUGCUGACCCUGGUUUUGGAUCUGCACAAGCAAAAGAAAUGUUAGAUCAUUUGGAGAGUGUUCUUGCCAAUGAGCCAGUCUCUGUGAAGAGUGGCCAACACAUUGUAGAGGUUAAACCUCAGAGUGUCAGCAAGGGAUUUGUCGCGGAGAAGAUCCUAUCGAUGCUGACAGAGAAUAAAAGACAAGCAGAUUUUGUCCUCUGCAUAGGUGAUGAUCGAUCAGAUGAGGAUAUGUUUGAAGGAAUAGCUGAUAUUAUGAGGCGGAGCAUUGUUGAUCCCCAAACCUCGCUCUAUGCCUGCACAGUCGGCCAGAAACCAAGCAAGGCCAAGUAUUAUUUGGAUGAUACUAAUGAUGUUUUGAACAUGCUCGAGGCACUUGCAGAUGUAUCAGAGGAGGUUGGUUCACCAGAAGAAUUGGAGAUACUUUCUCCGUCGGAGGAGGCAUGA